AUGGCAGCCAACUUUUGGCUCUCGCCCCAAGCCAAGGCGCUGGUGGGGCGCGAACAGCUGCGGCAGGCGCACGCCGCCGACAAGGCGGCGGGGCUGAGCGAUAGGCAGAUCGCCGACCUCCAUGCCCACUUCGUCGCAUACAUGCAGCAGCUGGCCCGCAGCACGGUGGUGGAGGGGGAGCCGCUGCUGCGCCAGCGCCUGGUGGGCACCGCCGCCGUCUACUGGCGCAAGUUCUACCUGCGCAACGACUUUGGGGUGGCCGACCCGCGCCUGCUGGCCCCGGCCUGCCUCUUCCUGGCCUCCAAGACUGGUGGGGAGCAGCUGGAUGGCGACCUGCUGGUGUUCAGCCCCUACCCCUCCCUCUCUAAGUUCCUGCAGGACUCGGGCCUCACCGGCAGCCAGCACACCUGCGAGGCGGCCUGGUCCAUUCUGAGUGACAGCUACCGCACGCCGCUGCACUUGCUGCACCCGCCCCACAUUGUGGCACUGGGUGCGCUGUGCCUGGCCGCCGUCAUCGCCCAGCUCGACCUGCGGGCCUGGCUGCAGGGCCUGAACGCCGACUUUGCAAAGGUGCACGAGGUGGCGGCAGACAUGCUGUCCUUCUACGAGCACCACGCCACGCCCAUCAGUGCGGCGGCGGCGCAGCAGCACCUGAACCUGCUGGGGCUGAAGGCGCUGCCGCUGCCGCAGGCGCUGGCACCGGGGCCGCCGCGACAGCCGACACAGCAGCAGCAGCUACAACAACAGCAGCAGCAGCAACAACAGCAGCAGCAACAGCAGCAGCAGAAGCGGUAG